AUGGCUCUGAUGAGAGUUUCAGAUAAAGACCUCCGACAUAAGAUCUUUGCCAACGAAAAUGAUCCCUCGUUGCGAGAGAAACCACAGAUGCAACCCGGCACAUCACGAGAAAUUCUUGUUGAAGAUUACUCAAAAAUGGCCUUGAUGAAGCUUUCAGCAAAAGAUCGCCGACAUGGAAUCCUUUCCGAAGAAGAGGGUCAAGAGAAACGAUGGAUGCAACCCGUCACAUCUCUAUCAGGUGUGGUUGUUAACCAAAGGCCCAAGGAUGCUUCCCCAGUAGAUUUCAAAAUUUACUUUGAUCCAGCCGCAAUCAAAGCAUCCCAAGACAAUGAUUCUGACAAUGAUUUUUACAACGAUUCUGUCAGUGAUUCUGUCAGUGAUUCUGUCAGUGAUUCUGACAAUGACUCUGACAAUGAUUCUGACAAUGACUCUGAUAAUGAUUCUGACAAUGAUUAUACUGUCAAGGUGAGCCAAACAUCUAACAAUGAAGAUGACAUCCAUAAGCCGCAGAUUGGGGAACAACCUCAUCCUAUCAACAGGUCGGCAACCUUCGGGUCGCUUUUCGAAGACUCAUCUAUGCCUGAGGAUAGAAAAACACAGCUUAAUCUAGACUUUCCAUCAGUCUUCACUUGGCCAGUUGGGAAGAAGAUUCCUGUGGAAGACAACAACACGUCAUCGACCGGGAACCUAAAAAGCUCGAGUGCUGACGAUCACCGCAAGAGAUCUGACACACAAGAGCAAAGUAUCCCACGCCCACCAACCGAAAAUUUGAGCACCAACGAAGAAACCAUCAGGGACAUAUCAUCUUAUAUCCACAAACAACUUCUUAAGGAAGAAAGACAGACUGGGCGAGCAAUAUACAAGGCAGCUACAGAAUCAUCUCAUUUCGAUGCAGGCCAGGUCAUCGGGAAACAAUGGGCGGUUCCUGUCCCUGCAAUCAUUGCCAAUAUCCAGAUGAGAAAUGAUUCUAGUUUAUCGCCAUGGGAGACGAGCUUGAAAGAGUCGGUUGGAGGCCUUUGCCGUCUAUUUAACUUUUUUGUCCCAUUGGAGUUUCCAUGUGAUGUCGCAAGCAAGUUCUGGGGAGCAAUCUAUGAUUUUGUCAAUAUCAUUCCCCAAAUUUGCGGGACUUCCCAAAUGACCGAGCGAACACGCUACCCCCGGAUGACCGAGGUCUUUUUUGUUGUUAACCUCGAAAACCCAAAGUACGCCGAUCUUCGAGAUGGCAAGCUUAUUGGUCCUCUAAUCCAACACCCAAGUGACUGCGUUAUAUGUAUGAAGGAGUCUCCGUAUUCGACCAAGUCAGACGCCUUAUACCAUCUUUCCACCCAUCUUGCAAGCUCCCUUGACCCGGAACUAUCUACAAGCCAUCUUUCUCCAUGGAUAAUGAGCUCCAGGCAGUAUAUGGACUUUGUAUGCCGAAGAGAUGGCCAGAGUAUUCUAAAGAAACUGCAAGAUCAUCUUGCAUCACUGGAAAUUAUGGCGCUACAGAUUCAACAUGGGGUUUCAGAGAACGGAAAAUUUGAUCGCGAUACGUACGGAAUCCCGACUCAUCUGGUGGAAGCUUUUCGGAAUUUUUUAAUGAUGAUUGUGUCUGGAGUGCAUAUAGCUAAAGGUCUAUACAAAGCUCGGGAAAGCUUCGUCAACAUUGAUCCAAUCAAAACCCUCCUUGACCCUUGGGACGAGCACAUGAUUGAGUAUUUCGGGGCUAAGGCUGGGUCUUCCAUUAAGAAAGCUGAGAGGGAUAUUGUGCUCAUGGCAAGUACUGGUGAGAUCUCUGACGUGGUAACUUACGAAGCUGUCGGUACCAGCUUAGUCUUAGCACUUGUCAUGGGCGAUAUCAACGGCAGAGACUCCGAACACAACGAAGUUGAAGUCGUUGAUAUUUAUAGCCGAUUUGUUCAAACUUUGCAAUUUAGAGCCAGCCAGAAUCCGUCUAGCCGCCUCUUGCAAGAUAUUUAUCUUGUAAAAGAGGAGCUAGUGAUGCUGGAAAGUCUUUUCGAUGAGCAGUUGCAUACUCUAACUUGCUACCUCAAUGCCAUUAGGCCAGCCUCUUUUCGUAUUACUACCGAGUCGCGAGUCUCUUCGUUUGAGCGUGAAAAUUCGCACUUGCAGAAGCUUUUCAAGAAAAUCGGGGAAAGACUUGAGAGUGUCAAAAAUCUCAUGAAUCAAAUGGACUCACUGGUCGACAAAACACUCAAUGGGAUGGAUGUACGAAAAGAGGACCAGGGGAAGGCCAUUUUGAUUUUCACAAUUGUGACUGUGGUGUUUACGCCCUUGUCUUUCGUGACCAGCUACCUCGGCAUGAACACCAAUGAUAUACGGAACAUGCAAAGAUCACAGACGCUAUUCUGGGUGAUCUCUAUCCCUCUGUCUAUCGUGAUCAUUGCUACAGUUCUCGCUGUGGUAUUCCAGGUAGAGCGGAUUCAAGAAGCGUUGGCCGUGCUGUUUCGGUCUUAUAAUUCGCGGGUAGAGAAGCCAUUCUUCACAAGCUCACAUUGGAGUGAGCAUGCCAAUAAUCCUAAAGAGAGUCUCGGAAGAUCAGGAGGUAUGAAGAAUUGGAGGAAAAGAUUGCUUAGGAGAAAUGCAAAAGAGUGGGAGACUGAGUUAGAGAACGUUUAA